GCCGCCUCUCCGCUCGGCUCCGUGCUUCAAAGUGUGGACGUUUAUUCACCUUUAAUGGCGGAAACUUAAAGGACUGAACCCCCCCACUCCCACUUCCACCCACAGCUGGGCUGCUGGUUAACAUCCGGGAACUGGGACAAUUUUUUUGUUGUCUUGUCCAAAAUAUUUAACUCCCCGAGGGUGUCGUCUACUCGCUGGAACACCCCGUGUGUCGAUGAUGAACCUGGUCACAUUCACAGAAGUCUCCAGAGGACAGAGAGGAGGAUAAUCUCUCCUGGACCAAGUGAAGACCCCCACCUCCCCUCCCCGGGGGGCAGUGUGAAACAUGCCCUUGCCAUUUGGCCUAAAACUCAAAAGGACCAGGAGGUAUACGGUGUCAAGCAAGAGCUGUCUUGUCACUCGGAUCCAGCAGCUCAAUGGAGAGUUUGUUGAGUUUACACUUUCGGUGGAGAGCACCGGGCAGGAAUGUUUGGAGGCAGUUGCCCAGAGACUCGAGUUGAGAGAGAUAACAUACUUCAGUCUGUGGUACUUCAACAAGCAAAACCUGCAGAGAUGGAUUGACUUGGAGAAGCCACUGAAAAAGCAGCUGGACAAGUACGGGCUGGAGCCCACCGUUUACUUUGGCGUCGUGUUUUACAUACCCAGCGUCACCCAGCUGCAACAGGAGAUCACAAGAUAUCAGUAUUACCUACAGCUGAAGAAGGAUGUUCUGGAGGGCAGGAUCCAAUGCUCCCUGGAACAAGCUGUACGUUUGGCAAGCCUGGCAGUGCAAGCUGACUUUGGUGACUUCAAUCGAUAUGACUCCCAGGAGUUCCUCCAGAAGUUUGUGCUAUUCCCCAUUGACUGGAUUCAGGAUGAGCGAGUGCUGGAAGAAGCCACUCAGAAAGUGGCUCUGCUUUACCAGUCCUUCAGGGGUUUGUCAGCACCAGAGGCAGAGAUGUUGUACAUGCAGGAGGUGGAGCAAGUGGAGGGCUACGGGCAGGAGAGCUAUCAAGCCAAGGACAGCACAGGCACAGACGUCACCAUUGGAUCUUGCCUUGACGGCAUCUUUGUCAAGCACAAAAACGGAAGGCCGCAUCUUUUAUUCAGGUGGAAUGAAAUUAACAACAUGAGUCACAACAGGUCCUUCUUUGCACUGGAGCUCGCCAACAGAGAGGAGAGUGUUCAGUUCCAGACCGAAGACAUGGAAACCUCCAAAUAUGUUUGCCGGAUGUGUCUGGCCAGACUCAAGUUUUAUAAGAUUAACAAGAGUAGCCUCCAAACGCAGCCCGCAGUUGUAAACCCAGUUCGACGGAGAUCCUCGACUAGAAUCUCUCUGCCAAAGCCUCAGGCCUACAUGAUGCCACCCCCCCAAAUGCACUACAAUGGCCAUUUCACAGAGCCUUACACAUCAUCACAAGACAACCUGUACAUGAACACUCAGAAUGGUUACUACUACCACUCUCAGACCAGCCUUGACUGCCCUCCUCUGGAAUACACCAGUGGAGGGCGAUUACGUAACGGCAGCGUCUACAGCGCCCACAGCACCAGCUCUCUAACCAAUCCUCAACACUACCUUCAACCCUCACCCAUGUCCUCCAAUCCCUCCAUCACCAGCGAUAUCACCAGGCCAGACUACGUCCCCUCCCAUCGCCACAGCGCUCUCAUCCCGCCCUCUUACCGUGCCACGCCCGAUUACGAGUCAGUGAUGCGUCAGAAGACCCGAGGAGUGGGAGGAGGGAUGGUUUUGUCUCAAGAGCAUCGUCAGAGCCACUCAAUGAGGAACCUAAACAUUGGAAACUCAUACGCCUACAGCAGACCAGACCCUCUAGUAUACAGCCAGCCAGAGAUAAGGGGGGAGCAUGGCGGAGCAGCCCAACACUACCAUUACCCUUUCCAUCUGGGCUCCAGCUUUCAUAGCCCCUCUCCAUACCCCUACCCCACUGAGAGGAGGCCUGUAGUGGGGGCGGUUAGUGUCCCAGAGCUCACUAAUGUCCAGUUGCAACAAGCACAGGAGUAUCCAGCUCCCAACAUCAUGAGAACACAAGUGUACCGACCGCCUCCCCCCUACCCAUACGCCCACCCUCGGCCCGCCAACAGCACGCCUGACCUGUCACGUCACCUGUACGUCAGCAGCAGCAACCCGGACCUCAUCAUCACGAGGCGCGUGCACCACUCGGUCCAGACUUUCCAGGAGGACAGUCUGCCUGUUGCUCACUCUCUGCAGGAGGUGUCGGAGCCUCUGUUCUACGGACCCCCUCAAAGACACCCGUACUACUCUCAGAAGCGUAAUUCCAUUGAGAUCGCUGGACUGGCUCAUAGUCUCGAGGGGAUGAGGUUCAAAGAACGGACUCUGUCUUCCUCGGCAGCUGAAGCUGCUACGCCCCCUCCGGUCUUGCGUGGCGGUCGCUCUCAGGGCUCCCAGCUCAAUGUGUUCUUAGAGCGUACAAAGACAGAGGACAGGGGCAACAUUAAGGAGGACGUGCAGUAUGGACACAAGAAGUCCCUUUCAGAUGCCACCAUGCUGGUUCACAGCAGCGGCGAAGAAGAGGAGUUUGAGGAUGAAAGCGGCCGCCACACUCCACUUUCUCAGGACGCAAUCGCAGCCAUUGUUCCUGAGCAGCCCCAACAGCAUCACAGCCUCACAUCUCUCUCCUCUCUGCCGACUCAGCAACAGACUCCCAUAGAGCCUCCUCCUGCGUAUCCCAUAGGCUCCUCCCUCGACCCCUCCAUAACUAGCUCCUUGACGUACAAGGUUCACCCCCUGAUCCAGGAGAGCGAGCCUCUGUACCUGCUGUCGGAAUUACGACAGCCCAGGAUUAUGCCCUCAGUCUCAGAGGGAGACCUGAGUGGUCAGGCCAAGCAGAAGACCAAAACCGACUUCAAGAAGAGGCCUGUGUCUGAUGGGCCUCCGGGGAAGAAGACUGUGGAAGGUUUACCCCCUGCAGGCAUGAAGAAAGGAGCGAGGUCAGAGGUGAAGAAGAUGGGCCCCCUGAAGGUGGCGAAGCUCAACGGCCUGUCGGUGUCCAGGCAGCCGAUGUUUGACGAGAUCAAGGACGACCCUGAACGAGCCUCCAACGACGAGAGGUGUAAAUUGCUGGAGCAGCACAUGGACAUGGGCGAGCUGUUGAAGGAAUACGAGAAAAUCCCAAAGCGUCCAGGAGGCGAAUACACGGUGGCCCAGCUGCCGGAGAGCGGAGACAAGAACCGCUUCCAGGACGUCCUGCCUUACGACAGCAACCGAGUGGAGCUGGUUCCCACUAAAGAGAACAACACGGGAUACAUCAAUGCCUCACACAUCAGGAUCACAGUGGCCGGACAGGAAUGGAGCUACAUCGCGUCGCAGGGUCCCAUGUCCAACACGUGUCAGGACUUCUGGCAGAUGGUGUGGGAGCAGGGCGUCUCCAUCAUCGGGAUGGUCACUGCUGAGGAGGAGAGCGGCCGGGAAAAGAGCUUCCGGUACUGGCCUCGGCUGGGAACGCGCCACAACACGGUGACGUACGGGCGCUUCAAGAUCACCACCCGCUUCCGCACCGAGUCCGGCUGCUACGCCACCACGGGGCUGAAGAUCAAACACCUCCUGACGGGCCAGGAGAGGACGGUCUGGCACCUGCAGUACACAGACUGGCCUGAUCACGGCUGCCCUGAGGACUUCAAAGGUUUCCUCACCUACCUGGAGGAGAUCCAGUCUGUGAGGAGACACACCAACAGCAUCAGUGACCCAAAGAACACAAACCUACCUGUACUGAUCCACUGCAGCGCCGGAGUGGGGCGCACUGGAGUGGUCGUCCUGUCUGAGAUCAUGAUCGCAUGUCUGGAGCACAACGAGCCGCUGAACGUCCCAGAGGUCUUGUGGAAGCUGCGCACUCAGAGGAUGAUGAUGGUUCAGACUCUGUCUCAGUACAACUUCAUCUACAAGGUCCUCAUCCAGUACCUGCGCAACUCCCGGCUGAUCUGAGCGCUGACGGGCGCCUGUCCGGCCCCCCCCGUCAGCGUGCGCCGCCAUCAAGAGACGAUUUCAGGGUGGACGUUGUUCCAGGUUUAUGCCAAACUACACAGUGACGAUGAAGUAGCUGUAGAAACCUGCUUUAAUGUAGCAGCCGUGUGGUGGAGCCUGUUUGGGCCGAGUAUUAAACUGGGCAGGGCUGAAGUAUUGAUGUGUGGUUAUACAAAAACGAAAAACAGACGCCAUGCAACAUGAAGGAGCAUGAAGAGCGAAAAACCUGCCUCUAAACAGUAUUAUAUUAUUUUUUACGAACCUUAUUUCUUAAUAAAGCCCCAGCACUUUUGUAGUACGUCGCUGUACAUAAUGAACCAAUGUAAAGCUGCAUUAAAAAACUGAUCUUUAUCAUAGGUGUGUAUUGAAAACGGUUGAUUUCAUUUUGUUUGAGGACACUUUUGAAAUGUCUUGGUUUGCCGUUGCUAUUGAUUCUGAUCGUGAAGGACUUUUCUGUGUCGAUGAGGUGAACACUUUCUGAUCAGGGUUUGAUUUCGGAGCAGUAACACGUAUCUCAUCCCCCCCCACCCCCUCCUCCUCAUCUGUGUGAAACAUCUGUUCCCCCCCUCUUACAAAGACCCGGCUGAAAUAAAGACGGGUAUGCUGGAAAGGAGAAACGCGUCGCACAUCUGCAGUGGGGUUUGUUUUUUUGCGGGUUGAGAGUAAAACUGGAAAAGUAAUUUUAUACUAUUCAUGACCUUUUUUCUUUUUUUAAAUGAAAUGUUUUUAAGAAAUCAACUCAGUGCUGUAUUUGAAGGAUGAAGUGCCUGAAUGGAACAUGCUGUAUAUUUUUUUGAAUAAUAUGAAGGAAUUUUUUACAUUUUCUCCCUCGGUGUCAUUUAUUGCUCCUGUUGCAUUGUAGUGACGCCGAUCUGCAAACAAUCAUAUUCAUGAAUUCACUUUAGAUCCCCGAGAGUCCAGAUGUGCUCUUAUUUUGAUAACAGUUGGAUUCACUGCGUCUGGUUUUUCUUGUUUUCAAUCCAGUGAGAAAUCUCUCUUCUGUGGCCCCUGGAUUAUUUAACAGACAAACACAGCUUCGCUAAACUGGAUCCGGACAUAGUCUCUGUCCUGCAGCUGCUCUGAGGAGCAUUUAGAAAUCCAGUGAAUCUGUUCAGGAAAUAUGUAAAGUUUACACUAAGUGAAAUCAUGUUAAUUAUAUCGGUUUUGAUAUAAAUUUGCAGAUUUACAGUUUAAGGAAUCAACUAAAUUUAUUUUGUGGCCAAAGUGAAGAGAUAGUUGCUCAUUUUUCUUACCCUGAUAUUUUUGUUGACAAAGAUACACAGGCAGUAAUGUUAUCGGAUUUUUUUUAAAACAUCCAUAUAUUGUUUUGUUUUUUUAUUGCUUGAGAUUUGUUUGUUUGUGGUUUUGAGAAACGGCUUGAGUCUUAGUUUGGAGACUGGAAAGAAAGAUGUCUGUGGCCAAGGUGUAACUGUACAGGUCUGUUGUUCAUAAUGUAAAAUUCUGCUUGAAUGAAUAUUGGUUAUUGUACAAACUGUGUAAACUAUCUAUUGAAGCACAAUUGGAAAAACAAACGAGAAUAAAUAUUUGGAAACAA